AUUAUAGUUAAAGACAGUUGUUAGUGAUUAAUGUGUACAGUGUGCAUCUUUUAAUGUGUUUUUAUGCUUCUUGUAUGCUUGGCUCUUAACAAAGUAUUACGAAGUAAAUAUAAGUGCAAUGGCUAAUCCAUUGAUUAAUGCACCAGUUUCUGAAAUAUUGAAAAAUGCCAGUACAUUUGAAGAUGAGCCAAGAAAAAAGAGCCGAGAAGACUGGCGUAAGGCAAAAGAACUUGAAGAGGCUAGAAAAGCUGGUACUGCACCAGCGGCUGUGGACGAAGAGGGAAAAGAUAUUAAUCCUCACAUUCCCCAAUAUAUUAGCGCAACGCCCUGGUAUUUUGGAGCACACGGGCCAACACUUAAGCAUCAAAGACCUCAACCUGAGAAACAAAAACAGUUUAGUGAAAUCGAUCAGUGGUAUAACAGAGGCCAAACGAAUAAAGUAGCGUCAAAGUGGCGUAAAGGAGCUUGCGAAAAUUGUGGCGCUAUGGGACAUCAAAGAAAAGACUGUUUUGAAAGACCAAGAAAAACAUUAGCAAAAUAUACUAACUUUAAUAUUGCACCAGAUGAAUUUAUACAACCUAAUUUAUCACUGGAUUAUGAUGGCAAACGUGAUAGAUGGGCUGGUUACGAUCCAUCUGAACAUCGAGCUAUCAUAGAAGAGUAUCAAAAGGUUGAAGAAGCCAAAAAACAAUUACGUGCUGAAAAACUAAAUGCUAAAGAAGAAGAAGACGAGCAAGACUCUGAUGCUGACGAAGAUAAAUAUGUAGAUGAAGUUGAUAUGCCUGGAACAAAGGUUGACAGUAAACAACGUAUUACUGUCAGAAAUUUGAGAAUAAGAGAAGAUACAGCAAAGUAUCUGAGAAAUUUGGAUCCAAAUUCUGCAUACUAUGAUCCGAAAACUCGAUCAAUGAGAGAUAAUCCAUAUGCUGGUACAGAUAGAGAAGUUGACUAUAAAGGUGAAAAUUCUGCACGAUUUACUGGAGAUACUCGGGAACACGCAAAUGCUCAAUUAUUUGCAUGGGAUGCACACGAUAAAGGAGUUACUGUUCAUUUAUUAGCAGAACCAACAAAAGUGGAGCUUUUGAAACAAGAAUUUGAUAAAAAACGAGAAGAACUGAAAAAUGAAGCUCGUGGUACUGUUAUUGAAAAAUAUGGUGGUAAAGAGCAUUUUAAUGCUCCACCAGCAGCUCUUUUAUUAGCACAAACUGAAGAAUAUGUAGAAUAUUCACGCACAGGAAAUAUUAUUAAAGGUCAGGAAAGGCAAAUCAUUCGAUCUAGGUAUGAAGAAGAUGUAUAUAUAAAUAAUCACACGUCUGUAUUUGGUUCACAUUGGCAUGAAGGCCAGUGGGGUUAUAAAUGCUGUCAUUCCUUUAUAAAAAAUUCUUACUGCUGUGGUGAAGCUGGAAAACGAGCCAUGAACGAGGCAGAAGAACUUAAUAAAGGAAAUGCUUAUAGCGAAGAACACUACGCAAGAAAUCUAGAAAUAUUUAGCAAGGACGCAACUCAUAGAGCAAUAACUGAACAAAUGAAUGUAUCUACAGUAAGUGUUCAAAGUAAUUCGGACAGUAACUCUGUAAGUGAUUUAUCAAGUGAUUCGUCUGAUGAAGAUGUAAGAUUAGACAUUGAUCGUAAGUCCAAAAAGGAGAAAAGAAAAAAUAAAAAGCAAAAACAAAAGGAAAAGAAAAAGAAUCAAAGAAAGAUGAAUAAAGAAGCUAAAAAAGAAGAUAAAUUAAAAGAAGCUCUCAGAAAAGAAGAAGAAAAUCAAAAAGAUGCGGAAAGGCUAUUAAAAUUAGAUGAAAGGAAACGACCUUAUAAUAGUAUGUACAAUGUAAAAGAACUUACUGAAGAAGAAAAAGAAGCUUUCCAGAUGAAGCGUAUUAGAGAAGAAGAUCCUAUGACUCAAUUCAUGUCUAAAUAAAUGUAAUGAUCAUUAUGAUCUAAAAAGCAACAUUGUAAUAUAUUGUAAUUACUUAAUAUUUUAUUAAUUAAUUGUUUAAAUUGAUUUAAACGAUAAAAUAUACUUUGUUAAAUAAGCAUUGGUAGUUG